UCAACAGAUUCCUUUCCCUAAUCCGACCAAGCGCACGCGUCCCCUCCCCUCCUCUUCGUCUUCGCCGACGACGCAGACCCCCCCACCCAGUCGAUUGCCUCCGCCUGAGCUGGCCAGCAUAUUCCGACGCGCCUGACGCUGCUCCCCUUCGCCGGCGAUCGCAGCAGCUGAGCGAGGGAGCGAGAGAAGAUGCCUAAGCGGACGACGCACACCUACUCGAGCGAAGACGCGCUGCCGGAGGGCCCCGAGUCCGACCUCUUCGUCUACUAUUGCAAGCACUGCGCCUCCCACGUCCUCAUCACCGAUACCAUAUUGCAGAAAAUGCCAAAGCGUAAGACUGACAGAGCAAAUGUUCUAGACAAGAAAAAGCAUCUCUCAAGGCUAAAUGUGAAGGAUGCUGGGAAAGUCAUGUUGAAACGUGGAGAAGGAAAGCUUGAAAAGCAGUUCCGCAUGAGUUGUGUCGGAUGUGACCUUUUUGUUUGCUACCGAUCGGAAGAGGAUUUGGAGCUUGCUCCUUUCAUAUAUGUUGUUGAUGGAGCACUGAGUUCAGUGGCAGCUGAGACAAAUCCCCAUGAUGCUCCUGUACCCCCUUGCAUCACGCAGUUGCAAGGUGGACUUGUCCAAGUAGCCAUUGAAGUGGAAGAUCGGGCACAACGUUCAGCAAUAACAAGAGUAAAUGCUGACGAUGUUCGAGUAGCAGUUGCGGCCCCUGCUACUCGCGGUGAAGCUAACAAUGAGUUGCUCGAAUUUAUGGGCAAGGUGCUUGGAUUAAGAUUGAGUCAGAUGACACUUCAAAGAGGAUGGAAUAAUAAAUCGAAGCUUCUGAUAGUUGAGGAUCUGUCUGCACGGCAAGUUUAUGAGAAGCUCCUAGAAGCUGUCCAACCUUAAAAUACCACUUCAGCAGUCUGCAAGACUAGUGCGUUGAUCGCUAGGAACUGAAGAUACUCUUCUAUGAAGGAAAAGGUCCCAAGGAUACCUACUGGAUCGUCUGAAGAGAAGUAGAAUGAGCCGUCAAAACAGCAAAUAUCUCAAGAGCUGAAGUGGUUGAGAAACUGGUUAAUAAGCUCUGAUCUCAGAGCAAUAAGCCAACGCGUGCCGAAUCUUUUCAUUGUUCCUGUAGUAAUCUAAUAUUCAUUACUAAGAUAUCCAUUGAAGAGAUGCUAUGUGCCUUUUCUUUUC